AUGGAGGCCAGCGGCAAGAAGCUCCGGCCGUUCCUCCUCACCCUGCUGCUGGUGCUCUCCACCGCCGUGACACCCAUCCUCUCGCUGCCAGAGCCAGACAACGAGGUAGAUUGCGACUGCGACAAGCCCAAGGCGCCCAAGCCGUCGCACUCGCACCCGCCCAAGACCAAGCCCUCCCACCCGUCGCCGUCGCCGAAGCCCAAGAACCCCAAGCCACCCAAGGGCCCCGCGUACCCGGCGCCGGGGCACCAGCCGCCCAAGAGUCCCUCCUACCCGCCGGUCACGCGUCCGCCCGUCGUCGGCCCGCCCAAGGGCCCCGUCACGCGUCCGCCGGUCGUAGGCCCACCCGUCACGCGCCCGCCGGUCACGCGUCCGCCGGUCGUCGGACCACCAGUGACCUACCCGCCGAUCAUCGGCCCACCGGUCACGCGUCCGCCUGUCGUAGGCCCACCCGUCACGCGCCCGCCGGUCACGCGUCCGCCGGUCGUCGGACCACCAGUGACCUACCCGCCGAUCAUCGGCCCACCGGUCACUCGUCCGCCGGUCGUGGGACCACCGGUGACCUACCCGCCGAUUACCGGCCCUCCGACGACGCCGCCGGUCGUCGGCCCACCGGUGACCUACCCACCGAUUACCGGCCCUCCGACGACGCCGCCGGUCGUCGGCCCACCGGUGACCUACCCGCCGAUCACCGGCCCUCCGUCGACGACGCCUCCGAGCACCGGCCCGCCCUCGACGACGCCUCCAGUCACCGGUCCACCAGUGACCUACCCGCCCGGCGGAGGCGGGGGCAGCUCGACGCCGUGCCCUCCGCCACCGCCAUCGACCCCGACGCCGACGCCAUCGUCGUCGACGUGCCCGGCGGACUCGCUGAAGCUGGGCGCGUGCGUGGACCUGCUGGGCGGGCUGGUGCACAUCGGCCUGGGCGACCCCGUGGUGAACAAGUGCUGCCCGGUGCUGGAGGGGCUGGUGGAGCUGGAGGCGGCCGUGUGCUUGUGCACCACCAUCAAGCUGAAGCUCCUCAACAUCAACCUCUACCUGCCCCUGGCGCUCCAGCUCCUCCUCACCUGCGGCAAGACGCCGCCGCCGGGCUACACCUGCACCGUCUGA